UAAAAGCUCCCUCGGUCACAACGCAACAGCAUGCUAAGUUCACUCGUCACUUCCUCCGCCGCUUCCGUCGCCGCCGCUUCCGCCGCCGCUAGGUCUCGUCCCCAAUUGUUCGCCGAUCAUAUUCACCGGAAAACCGCCGUCUUCUCUCUUCCUCGCCAAACUGUCCACUCUUUUUCACUGCGUCCGAGCUUCUUUGCGGUCCGAGCCAUGGCGGAAUUUCCGACAGUCCCGAUGAGUCAGCCGCAAUCUUCCGAUUUUUCUAGCAAAAAGCAAGCUUUGAUAUCUUUGUCCGACAAGAAGGAAUUGGCUCUUCUUGGAAAUGGUCUGCAAGCGUUGGGACAUACCAUUGUUUCUACUGGAGGGACUGCCUCCGCUUUGGAGAAUGCAGGAGUCUCUGUGGCUAAAGUGGAGACGCUCACUCAUUUUCCAGAAAUGCUUGACGGUCGUGUGAAGACUUUGCACCCGAACAUACACGGGGGAAUCCUCGCUAGAAGAGAUGUUAAGCAUCAUAUGGAAGCUCUCAACGAGCACGGGAUAGGCACAUUCGAUGUGGUGGUUGUCAAUCUGUAUCCGUUUUACGAUAAAGUUACAGCCCCUGGUGGAAUUAGCUUCGAGGAUGGAAUUGAGAACAUUGACAUCGGUGGUCCUGCUAUGAUAAGAGCUGCUGCUAAGAACCACAAAGACGUUCUCAUUGUUGUCGACUCAGAAGAUUAUUCUGCUGUUUUGGAAUACCUCAAGGGCGGCCAGAAUGAUCAGCAGUUCCGCAGAAAACUUGCUUGGAAGGCUUUUCAGCAUGUGGCUGCUUACGAUUCUGCUGUUUCAGAAUGGUUAUGGAAGCAGACAGAAGGGCAAGAGAAAUUCCCUCCUAGCUUUACAGUUCCACUUUCACUCAAGAGUUCUCUUCGUUAUGGCGAGAAUCCUCACCAAAAGGCUGCAUUUUAUGUCGACAAGAGCCUUGGUGAGGUGAAUGCUGGCGGUAUUGCCACCGCGAUUCAGCACCACGGAAAGGAGAUGUCAUACAACAAUUAUUUAGAUGCUGAUGCUGCGUGGAACUGUGUAUCGGAAUUUGAAAACCCGACGUGUGUAGUUGUGAAACACACAAAUCCUUGUGGUGUUGCUUCUCGCAGCGAUAUUCUCGAGGCUUAUCGUUUGGCUGUAAAAGCAGAUCCAGUUAGUGCUUUUGGCGGUAUAGUAGCUUUCAAUGUCGAGGUUGACGAGGCUCUUGCAAGGGAGAUCCGGGAGUUCAGGAGUCCGACGGAUAACGAGACCCGAAUGUUUUACGAAAUAGUGGUUGCCCCGAAAUAUACUGCUAAGGGCCUCGAAGUGCUGAAAGGAAAAUCGAAGAGCUUGAGAAUCCUCGAGGCGAGGAAGAACAACAAAGGGAAGCUGUCUCUAAGACAAGUCGGAGGCGGAUGGUUAGGUCAGGAUUCAGACAACGUGACCCCGGAAGACAUCAGUUUCAAAGUUGUCUCGGACAAGACUCCGACCGAAAACGAGCUCUCCGAUGCAAAGUUUGCUUGGCUCUGCGUCAAGCACGUCAAGAGCAACGCUAUCGUGAUCGCAAAGAACAAUUGCAUGCUGGGGAUGGGAAGUGGACAGCCAAAUCGUUUGGAGAGUCUGAGGAUAGCUUUCAGGAAGGCUGGUGAUGAAGCUAAAGGAGCUGCCUUGGCCAGUGAUGCGUUUUUCCCGUUCGCGUGGAACGAUGCGGUGGAAGAAGCGUGCCAGAAGGGAAUCGGAGUCAUAGCAGAACCAGGAGGAAGUAUAAGAGAUGAAGACGCCAUCGAUUGCUGCAAGAAAUAUGGAGUUUCCCUUCUCUUCACCAACAUCAGACACUUCCGACAUUGAUCCUCAACCACUUCACUUCCCUCUCUCUGUCUUGAGUUUUUGAUUUCCUGAAUGGAAGCUGUCGUUAUUAUGUUGUAUAAUAAAUAGGAUGUCCAUUUCUAUUAUUAGCCGAAUAAUUAAAUCCAAUCGAAUACCGUACUAAUUGAA